UGUAUCUAGUGAUCAGUCAGAUGGAAGGAUUGGGAGAUGGUGAAGGGGAAAACGGAAACCGGGGCUUGGCCGCGAUCACAGUCGACGGUGAAGGACGCGUUUGCAGGCGCCAUUGUUGCUGCCGUCGAGGAUCGCUAUCACAAGAGCGUUGCGCCGGUCCACUACAUCGGACAACAGUACCUUGAUCCGCCCAACAACUUGGUGCCUUUGACUUUGAAGCAAGUUUCCAUGCUAACUCCUUCAGCCAGGCACGGCGGGCACUAUCGAUGCACGGGAUGCCUGUCGGCACGGUUAAAAACAAAUUUCAUGCCUGUUAAAGACGAGCACAACUUGAUCGACUGUUGCACUUUCAGGACAAUAGACAGGGGGUACAUGCAGGCGUUGCGUGAAGUGAGGAAUGGAGACUACGUCGUGGUUAAUGGCUCUAUAAGGAGGCGGGAUUCUGUCAUGCAUAUACGAGUCUACUCAAUCAGGCUUGUUACUAACUACAAUGAGAUUACUCACCACUUCCUCCAUUGCAUAUACGUCUCCCUCGAUCUUCAGAAGCAGGCAGGCUCCAUCAAAUUCUAUACUGCACGUUCUGAACAAAAAAGCAUGCCACCCUUUUUCUCUAUGUUGACAUCGAUACUUUAUUUUUUUAGUUGAGGGAGAGAGAAAUGAAUAUUCGUCGGGCGAAUCUCGUGGUGGCCUGCCGACGGGAUGGCCCAUGUCGUCCAAGGGCGCCGAACCACAUGUAUUAUUCCUCAGCCGCAGGGCGAAAGGGUGAGGGGGCCCCGCAUAUGCCGACGCACGCGGGCUUUGCCCGCUGGCGCGCACUGGCGGCUA